GUUGUGUUGGAAAAAUUACAAUUACUGCCACCAGAAAACCGAUCUCGUUCGCCUGAAGAACUACCUAAUUUAUUUACACUCCCGCCGACACCGGCACCGGCACCGGCACCAAAUUCAUUUAGGCCCGUGCUUGGUUUGACCUACAUGAUCGCCGAAUCAGUUGUCUUGAGAUUGCGGGAUUGAUUUGUGUGGUUGCAGUGAUGGAACUCUUGUUUGGUACCGGAAGAAAAGAAGGACAACUUUGAUCAUAGAGAGAAUAAAAGCAUGGGAUUAGGUGUGAUUAAGAAAGUAGCGGUAAUGAUACUACUGAUAAUGUUUCUCAGCUACCCUGUAGCAUACUCCUCAUCUUCGUCUGAGACUACGAUGCACACUAAUAAUUGGGCUGUUUUGGUCUGCACAUCUCGCUUCUGGUUUAAUUACCGGCAUAUGGCCAAUACCCUGUCAUUGUAUAGGACAGUUAAGCGGCUAGGAAUACCGGAUGAGAGGAUUAUACUCAUGCUUGCAGAUGACAUGGCAUGUAAUGCUAGAAACAAGUACCCUGCCCAAGUUUUUAAUAAUGAAAACCAUAGACUUAAUCUGUAUGGGGAUAAUGUGGAGGUAGACUAUCGUGGCUAUGAAGUGACAGUGGAAAAUUUUUUACGGGUACUUACCGGACGUCAUGAGACAUCUGUUCCAAGGUCCAAGCGACUUCUUAGUGAUGAAGGAAGUCAUAUUCUUCUGUAUAUGACAGGGCAUGGAGGUGAUGAGUUUUUGAAGUUUCAGGAUUCGGAAGAGCUUCAAAGUCAUGAUUUAGCUGAUGCUGUGAAGCAAAUGAAAGAAAAGCGCAGGUUUAAGGAGCUUCUGAUAAUGGUGGACACCUGCCAAGCCUCUACUCUGUUCUCCCAGCUUCAUUCACCAGGUGUUUUGGCAAUUGGAAGUAGUAAGAAAGGAGAAAAUUCAUAUUCACAUCAUUUGGACUCAGAUGUUGGCGUUUCAGUUGUUGAUCGUUUUACAUUUUACACUCUUGCUUUCUUUGAGAGGCUGAAUAUGUAUGACAAUGCUUCAUUGAGCAGCCUUUUCAAUUCAUAUAAUCCAAAUUUGUUGAUGUCAACCGCAUAUUACAGAAUGGAUCUAUACCAACGCCAUUUAGAGGAGGUACCUGUGACAAACUUCUUUGGUUCUGUAAUGAAGACGAUACAUACUGAUUCAGCCUACAGAUCCCGGUCAAAUAAAAAAAUCGGGGCAGCAAAAACCAAAAUGUCUCUGGAUGAAUCAAUAUCUGACAGUGACUCAGAUGAGGAGGAUCAGUUUAAUAAUUUAACUGCUGAGAAAUAUCUCCAGUAUAGUGUUGGACAACUAUGGAGUGUUAUUCUCAGCAAUGCGAAUACUUUUGAAAGCAUCGAUAGUUUGGUGUGCUAUGGACUGCUUUUAAUGCUUCCUUUGUUGAUAUUUUCCACAUGGCUAUCAAAGUAUGAUUGGGGAAACAUUCCAUAAUUUUUUAGCAGUGCCGAGACAUUUCUUGAUUUCUUUGAUGCUGCUAUGUGCCACUUUUGCUUGAAAUGCAAUUUCACCCAAAAAAGAAGAUUAUUGGCUGCAUAAUAUGGGGGGCAAACUACUGAGAGAGCAGCUUCAUAGUUGUUGCCUAUCAGCUGUAUUAUUCUGUUAGCCAUUGUUUUUUGCCAUGGUGCAGUUCAUUCUGGUAGCCAUUGGUAUUUGCCUGCUGCUGCUGUCAUGUUUCGCUUUGUAUUUUGAUGAUUAUGAUUAUGGUUGUAAACUGUAUGAUUUUUGUAAAACCGUUCUCUCUUUUGUUUAGAUAUUACGUUGAUGUCCAACAUUGGAACAUUGCUCUUUUAAGAACUCGGAAAUGAAUAUGUUUGAUCAUUUUAUCUA